GCACAGCUGGCGGGGAGGGAAACGUGGGAUGGGGGGUGAGCAGCUCUGGUCCCCCGUGCCAGGGCCAGCUGCGCAUCGCCCCCCUCAAAGCCCACCCGGCACGGGGUGCAGGCAGCACUACCACCGCCUGAACCAGCUCCAGCCGGCGGACGCAUCCCCGGUGCCCCCCGGGGUGGUGGGUGACACAAGUAGGGGGACAAGGAGCCUUAUAAAAGUGUCACUACCAGACAAAAAUGCCUUCGAGGGAGCUCAGCCUGCUUGUUUCACCAGAGGGGUGGUGAUGGGACACCCUGCUUAUAGCUCCGGGGCAGGGGGAUGCUGCUGCGGUCUGAAGGAAAGGAAAACGACCCUGGCCAGAGGGCCGGAGCCUGGUGACAGAGCUGGUGACAGGCGGAGCUGGUGACAAGGGUGUCGGGGAAGUGCCGCAGGGCAGGGCGAGCGAGCGAUGCCCUCGGGGGUGAGCCCUGCUGGGGGGUAGCCUCGCCAUCUCAGUCCCCUGCACCCCCGACCUGCCCGCCCGGGCGAGGAGUUUGGCUCACCGGGGCCAGCUCCGGGGAGCGGCGGGGCUGCCGGCUGCCGCUACCACCGCCACCGCUCGCUGCCGGGGACCGGGGGGUGCCGCGCCGCCGGGCUCACCCGCGUUCCACCCCGGUCACAAUGAGGGACGAGCCCGGGGCUCGGCGCUGCCCCCCCGCCCGCAGCCCGCCCGCUCCGGAGGAGGGAGCGUAGGAUCCCCGCCGCGGCGGCACCGGGGACCGGCAAAGGCUGCAGCGCCCCGCCCGGUGGGUGACGUAGCGGGUGACGCAAUGGGUGACGCGCGGCGGCGGGCGAUGACGCGGGGGGGCGAUGGGGCAGGCGCUGUGCGUCUGCUCCCGCGGCACCGUCAGCCUGGGGGGCGCGCGGUACCUCGUGCUCCACCGCUUGGCAGAGGGGGGCUUCAGCUAUGUGGACCUGGUGGAGGGGCUGCGGGACGGUCGCUUCUAUGCCCUGAAGCGCAUCCUGUGCCAUGACAAGGAGGACCGCCAGGCUGCCCUGCACGAGGUGGAGAUGCAUGGCCUCUUUGACCACCCCAACAUCCUGCGCCUGGUGGCCCACUGCAUGGUGGAGAAGGGUGCCAAGCAUGAAGCUUGGCUCCUCCUGCCCUAUGUGAAGGGAGGGACCCUGUGGCGCGAGGUGGAAGCACUGCGAGAGAAAGGGACCUUCAUGCCAGAGCAGCGGAUCCUCCUCAUCCUCCAUGGCAUCUGCAGUGGGCUGCAAGCCAUCCAUGGCAAGGGCUACGCACACAGGGACCUCAAGCCCACCAACGUGCUGCUGGAUGAGGAUGACCGGCCUGUGCUGAUGGACCUGGGCUCCAUGAACCGAGCUCGCAUCGAAGUCAACAGCUCUCAGGAGGCCAUGGCUGUGCAGGACUGGGCUGCCCAGCGCUGCACCAUCUCCUACCGUGCCCCCGAGCUCUUCACGGUGCCAAGCCAGUGCGUCAUAGACGAGCGCACAGAUAUCUGGUCCCUAGGCUGCGUGCUGUACUGCAUGAUGUUUGGAGAGGGCCCUUACGACGCCAUCUUCCAGAAGGGUGACAGCGUGGCUUUGGCGGUGCAGAACCCCGUUGUCGUGCCCCCCACGACCAGGUACUCGGCUGCCUUGCAGCGCCUGCUCUCCUCCAUGAUGACGUUGAACCCCCAGGAGCGACCCAGCAUAAGUGACAUCCUCCACCAGCUGGAUGGGCUGCAACCAGCACCGGCGGGACAGGACACCACGCAGAUCUGAGCCUGUCCCACCCCGCGGUGGCGAUGCGCCCCGAGGACAAGCCAGGGUAAAAGCAGCUGCCCUCGUCCCUGUGGAGCCAUUGCAGAGGGGAUUGCUGCACUCGGGGGAGAGCUGCUGCUCUGUGCCGGAGGUGUGUUGGAUUUGGAGUGUUCUGUGCCCUGGAUGCUGCUUCCUGGGACUUGGCCUGUGCCCCAGAACUGUGGACGUGUGACCUGCUGCUAAACACAGGGCCCUCACAGGCCACUGCUCCCCCCAGGGGUUGCAGAGGAGGAUGCUGUGGGACCUCCCAGGUGAUGGCAGCCGUGGCCCCACAGCUCUGCACCCCAGGAGGAUCGCUCCUGACCAAGGGCAGAGCUGCAGUCUGGGUCCUAGUGUGGUGCUGGAGCAAGGUGGGGGGACCCAGCCCCCACUCCGCUGCUGCUCUCAGCACCAACAUUGCCUUGUGUUUGGAAUAAAAGAUGUUCUUGCA